AUGCCCGUCAACUACGUCUUCACAGAGUCCGCCCCCUCCCAGAACAACUACAUCAGAUCCGGCCGCGGCGGCGCCGGCAACAUUGUCCGCUCCUCAGCCCUCCCUCCCACAUCAUCAUCCUCCGCCUCCUCCUCAGCAUCCCGCCAGCUCCCCAACCAGCGAUUCUUCUCUGGCAUCGGCGGCGCGGGCAACGUCCACCAGGCCGACCAGCUCCAGCCCGCUCUGCUGCGCUCCCUCGAGACCCCCGGCAACCAGAACCCAUCGCGGGGCCACGUCGGCCGCGGCGGUGCGGGCAACGUCUACAACCGCAAGCCUAGCGAUGCCAGCAGCGUGUCGAGCGCGGGUAGCAGUGCGAGCUCUGUUGGCGAGAAGGCGAAGAUGUGGGCGUCUCGUGUGAGCGGCUCAUUCUCGCGGAAGUAG